AUGCAAGAAGGCGGCUUUAUUCGUAGAAGACGUACAAGAAGUAGUAAGGAAAAUGUGAAUUAUAAUGAGCUGAGCGAUGACGAUGCAGAUUUGAAAAACCCGAAGACUCUGCAUCUGAAAAGAGAGAGCGAGAAAGAAGGAGACAUCCAUGACGAAGAAUACCGUGAUGACGCUACGCUUGUAAAGACUCCCGACGAUGAAGACGAAGACUUCGCUAUAGACCUAACGGGUUCCGAUAAAGAACGAACCGCCACUGGUGAGAGUAUUCACGUGAUCGAGGAUGAAGGUGAAGGCAAAAUAGACGUAAAGAAUGCAGGGGAAAAGAUAAUAGAGCUCAAGGAUGAGUCUGAUGAUGACGACGAACCCCUAACGAAGAAAAGGAAACCCGCUACGAAAAAGAAGAAAAAGAAAAGCACAACUAAGAGAAAGCCACCGAAGAUAACUCCAUAUGAAAGGAACACUGUACGAUUGUACGAACACCAUCCUGAACUGAAAGAUGUGUUUUCCGAUCUGAGAAAUGAGCCUCCCUAUGUUGCUCGGAGGUCUGAUCAACCCGAUGGUAUGACAAUUAAGCUGUUACCUUUCCAACUGGAAGGUCUUCAUUGGCUCAUAUCACAGGAGGAAAGCGUUUAUGCAGGCGGUGUUCUGGCGGAUGAAAUGGGUAUGGGUAAAACUAUUCAAACUAUCGCCCUGUUGUUGAAUGAUUUGGCCAAGUCUCCAUCUUUAGUCGUCGCCCCCACCGUUGCGCUGAUGCAGUGGAAAAACGAGAUAGAACAACAUACCAAGGGACAACUGAAGAUUUACAUGUAUCACGGUGCUUCCAAGACCACUAAUGUCGGAGAUCUUCAGGGUUACGAUGUCGUACUGACCACUUACGCCGUAUUGGAAUCCGUAUUCAGAAAGCAGAACUACGGGUUCAGGAGGAAAAACGGUCUUUUCAAGCAGUCUUCCGCGUUACAUAAUGUCGACUUCUACAGAGUAAUCCUGGAUGAAGCACACAAUAUCAAGGAUAGGCAAAGUAAUACCGCUAGAGCUGUGAACAAUCUAAAAACUCAAAAGCGAUGGUGUCUUUCAGGCACUCCACUACAGAAUAGAAUCGGUGAAAUGUACUCUUUGAUCAGGUUUUUGAACAUCAAUCCUUUCACAAAAUACUUUUGCACCAAAUGUGAUUGUGCCUCGAAGGACUGGAAAUUUACAGAUCGCAUGCAUUGCGAUCACUGUAGUCAUGUCAUCAUGCAACAUACCAAUUUCUUUAACCAUUUCAUGCUAAAGAAUAUUCAAAAGUUUGGAGUAGAAGGACCUGGUUUAGAAUCUUUUAAUAACAUCCAAACACUGUUGAAAAAUAUCAUGCUAAGAAGGACCAAAGUGGAAAGAGCAGAUGACUUAGGUCUACCCCCCAGAAUCGUCACUGUGAGGAGAGACUUCUUCAAUGAGGAAGAGAAGGAUCUUUACAGAAGUUUAUAUAGCGAUUCUAAAAGGAAGUAUAAUUCUUUUGUCGAGGAAGGUGUUGUUCUUAACAACUAUGCGAACAUUUUCACUUUAAUCACACGAAUGAGACAACUGGCAGAUCAUCCUGAUUUGGUUUUGAAAAGACUUAAGAACUCCUCUAAUGAUGACCUAGGUGUCGUGAUCUGUCAGUUGUGUAACGAUGAAGCUGAAGAACCGAUUGAAUCUAAAUGUCAUCAUAAAUUCUGUCGUUUAUGCAUCAAAGAAUAUGUUGAAUCUUACAUGGAAAAUAACAAUAAACUUACAUGCCCCAUCUGUCACAUCGGUUUAAGUAUUGAUUUAUCUCAACCGGCUUUAGAAGUGGACCUAGAGUCAUUCAAGAAACAAAGUAUUGUUAGUCGUCUAAACAUGAAAGGUAAGUGGCAAUCAUCGACGAAAAUCGAAGCCCUGGUAGAAGAACUGUAUAAAUUAAGAAGCAAUAAGCGCACAAUUAAAUCCAUUGUAUUUUCCCAGUUUACAAGUAUGUUAGAUCUAGUAGAAUGGAGAUUGAAAAGAGCUGGUUUUCAAACAGUGAAGCUUCAAGGUAGUAUGUCUCCAACGCAAAGAGACGAAACCAUCAAAUAUUUCAUGAACAACAUUCAAUGCGAAGUCUUCCUGGUAAGUUUAAAGGCUGGUGGUGUGGCUUUGAAUCUUUGUGAAGCUUCUCAUGUAUUCAUUCUGGACCCGUGGUGGAAUCCUAGUGUGGAAUGGCAAAGUGGUGAUAGAGUCCAUAGAAUUGGUCAGUUUCGACCCGUUAAGAUCACGAGAUUUUGCAUUGAAGAUAGUAUAGAGACAAGAAUUAUUGAAUUACAGGAGAAAAAGGCCAAUAUGAUUCAUGCUACAAUUAACCAAGAUGAAGCCGCUAUCAGCAGACUGACGCCAGCGGAUUUGCAGUUUUUGUUCAAUAAUUAA